AUAAAAAGUUUUUUUUGACAGUCAAGACAAUUUAACUAGGCGGUGGUAGGCUAUAUUAAAUUAGCUAACGAUUACCGGAGAUGUGCAGUUGUGUAACUUAGACCCUGUCAAGGGAUUUAAGUGAUUUGUUAGUAAAUACGUUAAAUAUGUUUGAAGAUGUGCGGCACGGUGCAGACUGGUUAGAGCCUCAGCCUCACAGUUGUGAGGACCCGGGUUCAGUCCCCGGCCCCGCCUGUGUGCAGUUUGCAUGUUCUCCCCGUUCCUGCGUGGGUUUUCUCCGGGCACUCCGGUUUCUUCCCACAUCCCAAAAACAUGCAUUAAUUGGGGACUCUAAAUUGCCUGUAGGCAUGACUGUGAGUGCGAAUGGUUGUUUGUUUGUAUGUGCCCUGCGAUUGGCUGGCAACCAGUUCAGGGUGUACCCCGCCUCCUGCCCGAUGACAGCUGGGAUAGGCUCCAGCACGCCCGCGACCCUAGUGAGGAGAAGCGAAAAUGGAUGGAUGGAUGGAUGGAUGUUUGAAGAUGAGUGCUAAAACAUACAAAGACUGAGAAAAAUGUUGUACUGGACUGUUGAGAUAGGUGAUAAACUCUUUGACCAUUUCAGUUGUCCGGAUUUUUUGGGUAUGGCUAAAACCAUGCUGGCAUGAGUCGGCUCUCCUCCACAAUACAAGUACUGAGUUGCUGUCAUUCCAACAGUGGUUGUCGUAAUUGCGAGUUCGUAAUAAUAACUUGGCCCAUUUCUGCCACUACACUACAGCAGGCACUUAGCCCACGGAACGGUGUUGUAAUAUGUAAUAUCCACAUUUAGCAUUACAAACAAGUAUAUUAAAUACAAUUUAGGGUUUCGAGGAAAGAUGUAUGCAUCUAUUUACAAAUUAUUUUAUAUAAAAAGGCACAUUUAAUUGGGUUACAUUUUCUACUCCAAUGUAGUGUAUGCUUGUGUGUGCACACCUGACUACAGUAAUAAUAAUAAAAAAGAUAACAGAAUAGUUUUCAGGAGUCAUAUGACAAUGACGUCAUGUGGAAUGUGGACUCUAUUGUCAGAAAUCAUUGACCCGAAAACAAUUUGAGAGACGCACACGAAUUGCAGAAAUGCUCCGUUGCCUCUGCACUUGCUGUUUCCUGGAAGAAAACUUCGACAACGAGAGGCAGCCUCUCCUGCAGCCCUGUCCACCUCAACUAAAUGGAGCUGAAUCUGCUAGGCUAACACGACCAGCAAACAGCGAUGCGCAACAUGUGCAGCAGACAGGCAGACUAGUGAUGAGGCGGUUAUGCGUGCCAGAGCUGGAUUUGAGGUUUUCCGAUGUGGCCGAGACCUUCAAUGAGCUGCAAGAACGAUAUGAGUCAAUGGUUCGACACAUCAGAAACCUGCAAAAGAAUUGUGGCUGUACAUGUGAUGAUGAUCUGACUAUAUCCGAAUGCGUGGGCAAGAUCAGUGAAGAACACAGAGACAAAUACAAGGUCUCACUAAGGAUGAAGGGCUACGACUUCUCCCUCUCUGUGGGUCCCGUGGAGUCAGACGGAGCAGAUAAUGAGAAUUCAGUUCCUCCCGCUCUGCGAAUAGCUCAAGAAGAGCUGAAGUGCGCUUCUGAGAACACCAAGGCCGCCAUAUCCAAAGGUACCACUCUUCAAGAGCUGAUUGGCUGGCUACUUCGGAGCAAGGUUAAAAUUGCCGAACAGGUGAAGAGGGUCGCGGAGACUUACCAGGAGCAAGGAAGACUAAAUGAGAAUCUGGAAAAGAACAUGAAAGAAGUGAGAAGGGCAAAAGAGUUGUCAGUGAAAUACAAACAACAUGCUGGAGAGGUCCUCACCGAGGCAGCUCAGAUAGCAGGUGUUCCUCUGUAGUUCUUGCACAUUUCUUAACUGAAUUCACGGAACAUCACUUUACACAAGUCAAAUAUUGUAUAGGCAGUACUGUGGUGUCUUGACAUAUGAGUGACCCAAAUUACAAGUGUUUGAGAUACGAGCCAUUGAUCGGCUGAUUUAAAAAAAUAAAAAAAUAAAUUUUGCUCUGUCUUGCGAGCGCAAACUUUAAAUAUGAGUGCUGUGUGGUAGCAGGCGACUCUACUCACUUCAAAACAAGCCACAGUUUGUCAGAUUUAAUUCAUAUUCUUCAAAAAAGAGGCUCUGUCAGAUGGAGGUUAUUGUCAAACUAAACAAAGAGAAUUAAACGUGUAUUUUUUUGCGGGUGUUGUUACCUUCCAAGCAACAGAUAUUUGAACACAAUCAGUGAAACAACUCGUAGAAGGAUAAUAUAACAAUACUCACAGGCAUAUAUGCUUUAUCCCCUGCGAAGAACGAGAAAUAUUACUGCUGUACUGAGAAGCCGAGAGCACCAUGUCUUAUACUGCCAUCAGGUGGCUAAGGCACGCACACCAGAAUGAGCAGCACAAUGUGCAUUGAAGGAGAAUGUGGCACAAAAACUUUCAUUCUUUUUAAUUAUUUAUGUCCACAUUUUUAUUACUACUUUUUAUGGAAGGCUUGAACAAAUUAAUGGCAUUUCCAUACAUUUCAAUGGGGAAAGGAUGAUUUGAUACAAGUGUUAUGCGUUAACAAGCGUGGUCAUGAAACAAAUUAAACUCGUAACUCAAGGCACCACUGGAUUUACAUAGGAACAUACAAGGUAUUGAUAGACUUUCUUUAUACGUGUGCGGUUGUUAUUCAAACUCUUGUAUUAUGCAUCUUACAAUAAUCAGAGCAAAUAAAUGCUGUAUUGACAAAUCUA